CAAUACCGAAAAGAGACUUGUUUUCAAAUACCUGGGAGACCUGUUGAAUUUUCACGGUUACAUAUAUUUUUUUUUAUCAAAAUCAUCGCCGAUCUGUGGAUUCCUGUGAACAAGUGUGUGAGCUUUUUUGGGGAUUGAGAUUUUCAGAGUUCAUUUCGAAGUUGGAUACAGUAAUUAUGAGUAUCAGGGUGUUCAGUUCUGCUGGUGUUGUGAGCAUCAUUGUCCUGGUGGCCCUCACCGCGGAUUUCACACACGCAAGACCCUCUGCUAUCACUAUUGGCCGCCACAAACGCACGUCAGAUCAGCGACUCGCUGAGUUGGAGACACUAAUAGCUUUAGAAAAUUUACGCGGCAAACUUGUUACAGUACCUGUCGGCUUCGGCAAAGUGGAUCCAGACAAAAUAGGACGCAGGAGGCGAUCGAGCGUUGAAUUCGAUCUUCGAAGACUCCGCCGUUUUCUUCAGGUACUCGGCAGCCAAUCCGAGUCGAGCAGCGAAGAGACAAGUGCCGAGAUGAUAAUCCCCUCAUUACUGCGAAAUGAAGAGAAACUUGAUGACGAGUUUGGGAAUCAGCUGAUAUAACUUUAAUUAUACCUGAUAAGAAAAUUCGUCCUCGACAAGUUCAAUGGGGGAUGGACACUUGUGGAUGAUGAAGAAUACGUCUUCGAUGCCCAAACAGUAUUAGCCUGAUCAUGUCGUCUGAUUUCAGCCUGAGAUUAUUCCACUCAUGAUUAUGGACUCUAGGUUGAUUUAAAUGUCCUCCGGGUGAACCAAUAUUUUUGUAACUCCACUGUGUUCUCUAGCUAUCUGUGCAGUAUUUUCUAUUUUACGACGCUAUUACGAAUUCUUAGGUAUUUAUUUUUAUUUUGUAAUUCGGCGCGUACUGCUACCGAUAGUCUAGGUUGAAUUUUUAUUUAUUUAUAUUUAUUCAUCGGGGGUUGAAACGUCCAUUCCAGGCGGAAAUUAUUUCAUCGAUAAAUCUGAUCGUUGGAUUAUCAAAUUAUAUUUAAUCCAUUCUUGUGUCAGUUUAAAAUAAUGGAAUUCUUCAUCACGAAUUGACGAAGAAUUCGUUGAAGAUUAAUUUUUUAUCAUGAUUCAAGUAAUUAAUUAAUGGAUAAUGAAUUGUCAAUUGAUUAAUUUUAGAAUGAUUAUUCGUGGGAUUUUUUAUGGGGAAAAUGGGGAAAGGGAGAAUGGUAGGAAGAGACUGGGGAAUGAGGUGGGAGUUGUAUUGAAUCUUUCAGGAGAAUUGGUAUAUGAUU